AUGGCUACAACGGCUGCGCAGAAUUGGACGAGCGCGCUUGAAAUCGAGAAGGACCUCCAAUUGCUCUUGAAGGGCAAAACCGCUCGCUUUGACGAUGUUGACCACUUGAUUAACCAGCUUCGCAUAACCUGUGAAGCAGCUAUCUUCCUCGACUUUGAAUAUGCCCAUCGGGCAGGGGUGGAGGGGCGCCUUUGGGAUGCGCAUAUCAACAUCAACCAGCGCUACCGGAAGGUUGUCGAUCAUUUCCGCCAAAAGGAGCAGAAGAAACAUAUCGUUGAGAGGCGCAAAGUGGAGAAACGUUAUGUCGACUUUAUUAAGACAAGCCAGUUCUUUUAUAGGGGCUACAUCCAGCGCCUGGCAUCUCACUUUGCGGGUAUGAGAAAGCUUCGCCAGAUUGCGCAUCGACUUCAUCUUGAUCCGCUCUCCGUCGAUGAGCGUGUUACGGUCUCCCCCGAGGUGGAGCACCUCAUUGAUAUGUCAUGCCAUGCUACACUUCUCCGCCUGGGCGAUCUUUCCCGAUACCGUAACACCCUGCGAACCAAGGAUCGGAGCUGGGAACCGGCGUUGGGAUUUUAUGAACUGGCUGAUGCCCUAGUUCCAACGGAUGGAAGUGCGCAUAAUCAGAUGGCAGUAAUUGCUCUUGCAGACGGAGAUCACCUGGAUGCGGUCUACCAACUUUAUCGAGCUCUUGCUGUCGACGAGCCGCAUAAACUGGCAAAGGGAAACCUCGAGCUCGAGUUCAAGAAAAUCACCUCGGCUUGGGAGAAAAAGCGCCCGCAACCAAAGACUGACAGUUUGAGCACUCUAGUUUGGUGGUUUGUUUUGCUCCAAGCCAAGUUCUACGAGGGUGUUGAUUUUUCUACGCACGAAGAACUCGAAAACGAAGUUAUUUCACGGCUAGCUAGGUUGUUGAAAGAACAGUCGUUUGAUGCGACCCAUGAGAAAUUAGUCCUUACAAAAUCGAAGGAGGGUCCUUCUGAAGCGGAUAUUCGGUCAUUUUAUUUCUGUCUGGCCUUCAACAUCCGCAUGUUAUCCAUGCUUCUACAAGUACUGAAACCAGAACUAGAAGACACAGCAGCUGCCGGGAGUCUUCCGCAACAUGAACCGCUCCCAAACCAGUCCCAGGGGAAUAUCACAGCCGUUACGCGUAGAGUUCUUCCAGCCCUCCGUCAAUACAGCGUCUGGCUUGUCUCCCAGGUCGACUUCAUCGUGGCUAAUUUGAAAAUUGGCCCGCUGAGUAUGCAUAGUAGGGAGAUGUGGAAGAUAUAUGCUGACGUGCUAACACGGCUUGCUAACCUAUUUCCUGCCGAGUCUCUACCUUCAAUCAACUACUUGCUGGAAGAGGACGAGUCUACUGUGGGGUUCAAGCCUCUUCGAGACCCUCAACUCCCACACGCCUGCAACGUUUAUGCCGCCAAUGAUAGCGGUAGCCUGAAGCCAAGCAUGACCGAUACUGGCAUUAAACGACAGAGCCCUGAUGUCGAAAUGCUAGCUCGUGUGCGAGAUAUACUGCUCUGUGGCCUCGUCCUCCAAGGAGACCCAAAGUACCCAAUCGUUCUAAGGGAUAGGGCCUUCGUAUACACCGAUCAGGCUUUGCCCGCUUCUGGUAUCGCCAGUCCAGUUAGCGCUAAGGGACCAGUAUCUUCCCUCGAAAGUCCAAUGAAGGCCUCCAGCACAAUCAUAGACACCACCAUGGCCCAUGAGUCGGUCAAAAGCAGCCGACCUGAAACCCCUGAGCUACGAAACAGUAUCGACACAGACAUGCAUCGAAUGGUGGACAACCUUGUUGAGUCUUAUGGUAGUAAACUGGAUGGGAGUGACGAAACGUCUUACGGUAUGCAUAGCCUUACUGCGAAUGAGGUGUUUGCACCUGUUGGUUCGAGCGGUCUCCGGUCUCCUCACCAAGUCACCCCGAAAAUGCUUCCCAGCCUACCAGGCAUAUGGAACUCGGCCUUCACACCACAGCCCAAUGAACUUCAGCCAACUAGCCCCAAUCGCCCCGGCACUAGACGUCAGCUCUCACCAUUUCCGCUUUCUACUCGUCAGCAACAAGUGGCUGCUGCCGCUUCUCUUGACCAAAUGACUGGAUAUAGUGGAUCAUCGAGGAAUUCCUGGGGAGAAAACAGCCCACGACCCACUUCGAAUCCAACUUCACAAGCCGUCAAUCAACUACUACAGGAAUCUCUCACGCAGCAAUUCAGACCGUUAUCCAUGUCCUCUCAGUUUUCAGAUUCAAGCAACAUAUUUGGAAACACAACCCCAGCACAUCAACGUAUCAAAAGUGGACAGAGAGGUGUAGCGCCUACUGCUAAUGGCAACAACAGUACUCUCUAUCCAGGCGGGACUGACUUUGAUACGCGGUUCAUGUUACAAAGCUCCCUGCUCGGGAAGUACAAUGAUAACCAGACUCAGCCUCGCUGGGGAUAUCGUUCAAGCCCGCCCGGUGGACAAGGCGGCUGA